ACGAAAAUGUUUGUGGCAAAGCUCUUGCUCGUUUGCUCGGCCACUUUUUUGGUGGCAAAUGCUUUACCACAAGGAUUUGGAGCACUUGGAGCACCAUCACAGCUUAGCGGCAGCAGCCUGCAGGCAGCGGAAGAGACGCUGCGUUCAUCCUUGACGAAAUUGGCAUCUGGCGAUGGUCCUAGCUACAGGCUUUCGAAGAUAUUGUCUGCAAGCUACCAAGUCGUUUCCGGUUCCCUGAAUAAGUAUCGCGCUGAGUUGGUUGACGGCAAUGGAUCAACUAAGGUUUGCGAUAUUGAUAUUUGGUCCCAGUCUUGGCUACCGAAUGGCAUACAAGUGACAUUCAGAUGUGCCGGCGAGCCAGAACUGGUGAAGAACCAUAACGCGUAA